AUCGAUACUUUAUGAGUGGCGCUGUGAUGAUAUUGUUUUUGAAUUACGGAUACCAAUAUAUUUUUUUAGAUUAAUGAAAAUAAAGGAAAAUCAAGUUACUAAAAGGUAAUGAGGUGCGAUCUGCAGGACUAAUAAUGGAGUAAUUAAGAACUUGUAGAGCAUCCCUAUCAGUUGAUAAAAUAAGAAUUAAGUUUUUAAGAAUCUGCACCUGAACUCCGAAGGUCUUGAGCCCAACCGGAAAUGAGUCGACAUCCCCAUGCAUCUGGUAACUUGGACGAGGAAUAAAGAAGUUCUUACGGUAGACAGAUACAGGUUCAGCAGCGACACCCGGUUGAGCCCACUGCACGAACCGGGAUCUCGAGACUACAACCUCAGAUUCUCCAACGUCACCCCGGCUGAUUCUGCCGUGUACCAGUGUCACGUUGGAACUCGGCCCGAGCAGAUCGCACGUGUCAAGCUGUCUGUCAUAGAUGCCUACUCGGUGAUCUUCGGGUCCUCGGAGGUGGCGGUGCCUCGGGGCGGGACGCUGUACCUGCUGUGCAUGGUGCUGCAGGUGUCUGACAUCCCCGAGUACAUCAUCUGGUACAGGAACAGUACCAUUCUCGAGUACAACAGGAUGACCAUUUCGGUCGUCACGGAGGAGGAGACCCGAUCCAGCGAACUCCGGGUCCGCAACAUGACCUUCGCGGACGCCGGCAGGUACACGUGCCAGCCCUCGAACGCGUCGCCGGCUCACGUGCAGGUGGAGGUGGUUCGGGACACGAAGAACAAAUCGGGGAAGGCGCAGAAGUGCGACGACUGCGUGCUGUUCCUCCAGCUGGGAGCGACCUUCGCCUUCUUCACCAUCAGCUUCAUCGUGGCCUUCUGCGUCCACGGCCGCCGCAGGGACCCUUGCCCUGACCGGCACCUCUCGCAAGACCGCUACGUUCCGCCAGAUAUUGAUAAAAAUCUAUAAAGCUGAGAUAUAUUUGAGAGAGAGAGAGAGAGAGAAAGAGAGUGGAGUGAGAUAGAGAGAGAGAGAGAGAGAAAGAGAGAGAUUCUGUCAUGUUCUUGUGUUUUAGAUGUAAAAUCUUUUGGAAGAGGAUUCGAUCCUCGAUUCUAGUGGUCUCUGCAGAUGUUUUGAGGCCUGUUUAGAGGAAUAAAAACACAUGAAGAAUA